AUGUCCACGUACGACAAAUCAGAUCAGAUAGGCUAUGAUGACACGGAUAAUAUAUUGAAUGCAGAGCUGGAGGAAAUGAUGGCGCGCACCCCGCCAGAGGUGCAGCGCCAUCUGCAGCAUCGAAUCCAUGAUGGUAUCUUGCAGCGCAUGAAGGAGGAAACGACACGCAAGUGCAUUUCUUUCAUCCAAAAGUAUGAGCAGUGUGUGAACAGCCAAAAACCGUACAAUAUGAAGCUAUGCUAUCCCCAUCGCGAUGCUAUGAACGACUGCGCGCAGGAAGUCAAUCGGGAGGAAAACUACCAGCGCUAUCGCAUCAUGUACCUCCGCGGAGAGCUGCUUAAGUACCAUGAAAAGCGCGUUGCUAGCAAGAUGGAGGCGUUCAAGGUGCAGGCUCCCGACGCGAUUCGAGCAUGGAAGCACGACUAUGCGCCCAAGUACGUGCACAUGAUGGAGGACUUGGGGGCAGCGCCUCUCGGUAAUGCUCUGGGGGCGGCUGAAGAAACCGCAAACUCGAAGUAA